GCAAAAUACAUAAUCCAAUUUAUUAAACGCAUGAAAAUAAAUAUCAGUGUCUUUUUCUUUCUUAUCCAACAGAUAAAAUUUUCAUCUGAGAGACCUAUUUUGCAUCGAUUUUCUUCCGUUUUGGUUGGGAAGAAAAUUAUGGAGGAAAAGAUGACAAAGAUCAUGAGGAAAUCAAUCUUCAUCUUCCUCAAGUAUUUUCACUACUUCUCCACCACAACAGUGCUUCUUUUGCUUCCCUUCUCAGCCUUAGUUCUCAUAAGCUGUCAAGCCCUUUCCUAUUCAAAUUCAUCCCCUUUUCCCAACACCCAUGCUGCAGGAUUUCCUGCCUUCUCCAAAUUUGUUCUGCUUUUUCUCAAUAAGAGCUUCUAUCAAACUUUCUUCUCCUCAAUUUUGAUAAUUCCAUUUUCUCUCUCCUCGUUUCUGAUCGCAAAAGCUUCUAUAAUCCAAGUUCUAAAAACCCACCAUGAACCAUCUCUUCCAACCUUUUCCUCCUGCUUCUCAAUCUACAAGCCUCUCCUCCUAACCCACCUCUGCAACAUGCUUUUCAGCAUCACUGCCAACAUAGUUGCAAUUUUUAUCCUCUUUAUAGCUUCUGGGUUCUUACAUGGUAUCCUUCAACUACUAACCAGAACUGUUCUCUAUGCCUUUCUGACCCAAACCAUUGUUCUCUGCAACUUAGCUUUGGUUGUGUCAGGGAUGGAGAAUUGCACUAGCUAUCGAGCAAUAUAUAAUGCUUCUAUACUAAGAAGAGGAACAAAUUCGAUGGCUUUGUUUCUGGCUCUCCCUACCCAUUUGGCUCUUGCUUCAAUAGAGGCCUUGUUCUGCUACAGGGUGAUAAAAGAUUAUGAUGACCGUGGUGGGAGACCAAGUUUUGGCUGCACAUCUAAUUCUUUUACAGAUGAAACCAAUGGGCUUUGUGAUCGGAUUAAGCUUGCCAAAGAGGAGGACAGUUGCCAUUCUUCUGCAAACUUGAGAAUUUUGAUAUUUCCAUGAAUCGAUUUUAAGCUUAUAAGCUAUCAAGUCGAUCUCUAUCCAAAUUGUACAUACAGAUCAAUAUUUACACGAAUACAAGUCAGAUAGAGCUGAUAAUAUAGUAGUGGAACUGAGUUUUCUUCUUUCUUUUUUUAAGAGCUGAUAAUAUAGUGGUGAAACCGAGUUUUCUUCUUUCUUGCAUACAUAGGCAGGUCUCUAAGUGCAUUUUCCUUUGUAUAAUAUUAAAAGGAAAAUAUUCCGGCCAAGUACUUUUAAUUCGCA